AUGAGUGAGGUCGCUAGAAAAUGUUGCAACAAACUUGCUCAAUCAUGUUCCGAUUGGUUGAUUCGAUAUGAAGAAAUCCAGAAUAUUGCGCAGCUAGAGAUAUUAAAACCCGGUGUGUUUGAUCAUUUAUUGGCUAAUUUCAAAGUAUGUUUUAGUCAUUCAACUUUUCUUUUCAAAACUCGAAUGUCUAGAAUGGACAAGAACGAAAACGCUCAAGCACCAGCUUCAACUAAUGAAUCAACAGGAACUAGUGCUCAGCCAGCAGCAGCGACUGAUACAUCGUCAACUGCACUCGGAAAUCCGGGUUUUCUUCAAAAUGUUCAACAACGAUUGGACUCUGCGGGUGAUGAAUUUGCAUCAUAUUUUGCUGGAAGUUUGCCAGCUGAUGUUGUACGCCGUGUCAAUGCUCUUCGAAAUCUUCAAGUUGAACAUCAUAAAAUUGAAGCAGGCUUCUUCGAAGAAGUUCAUGCACUUGAAUGUCGAUAUUUAAGCAAAUAUCAACCACUCUAUGAAAAACGUUUGAAUAUCGUUAAAGGAGCUUAUGAGCCAACAGACGCUGAAGUUAAAUGUGCAUUUGAUGGAGAUGAGGCUGAUGAAGAGGCUAAGAAAACAGAAGAAACUGGUGAAAAAUCUGACGAACAGAAAAAAGAAGAAGAAAAAACAGUUGGUAUUCCCGAGUUCUGGUUACAAGUGUUCAAAAACUCCGAUGUACUCGCUGAAUUAAUCAAAGAACACGAUGAACCUGUGUUAAAACAUUUGAUUGACGUCCGUAUAACGAUGCAAAAUGAAGCAGCACAAAAAGGUUUUACAAUCGAAUUCGAAUUCACACCCAAUGAAUAUUUUUCCAAUACAAUUUUAACCAAAUUCUAUGAACUUCGAACUGGAUUAGACGAACAUGAACCAUUGGCUUACGAAGGACCAGAAAUUAUCAAAUCCAAAGGCUGUGACAUCCAAUGGAAUAAAGGCAAAAACGUCACAGUUAAAAUGGUUAAAAAGCGACAAAAGCAUAAGAAUCGAGGAACAAUUCGUGUCGUCACAAAAGAAGUUCAAACUGAAUCAUUCUUCAAUUUCUUUAAACCACCAACUGUACCUGAAGAUGCCGACGCGGAAUUGGAAGACAAUGAAGAAAUGAAUUCUUUAGCAGCUGAUUUCGAAAUUGGUCAUAUGCUUCGGGAUUCCAUUGUACCAAAAGCUGUACUUUAUUAUACCGGUGAAGCUGGAGAUGAUGAAGACGGUGAUUUCGACGAAGACGAAGAGGAUGAAGAUGAUGAUGAUGAUGACGAUGAUGAAGAUCCGGAAGAAGAUGAAGAUGAAGGUCACGGUCAUCAUCACGGCGGUGGUCGAGGUGGACAUCAUCAUCAUGGUAAACAUGGUCCAUCCGGUGGUGCAGGAGGCAAAUCUCGAGGUGGCAAACAAGGUUCAGGUGGUGGUGCUGGUCAGCAACCUGAAUGCAAACAACAGUAG